CAUCUCAGCCAUACCCUGUCUCAGUGAAUACACGUUCAAGUCACAAUAAUUUAUUCAGGAGCGAUGGCGACCAGAAGGUUGGUGCUGCUGUUUGCGACUCUGGUGCAAGCAUGCCAGGUGUACACACAAAUGGGUCAACAAGGCGCAGCAAUAAGUACUCUGAAUGAUUUCAAGGCCUUCCGGAACUUGCCGUCUCUCCGCUGUCAUGCGCAGAUCGGUACCGGAGGACGUCAGUCUGACCUUCUGGAUACCGACGCAAAGUUGGAUGCCUUUGAACUGACUCUUGGUGAAGCUGAAAGAUCAUUCUUCCAGCAGAUAAGGCAGAGCGCGAAUCAUGACUGGUCUCCGUUUACCGCUGAUGAGGCGAGGGAGACUUUGAUGUUCCUCAACUCCACCCUGGAUUCAACCGGUAAAACCCUUUACGUAAACAUCGUGCAGCAGUGGGAUCAGAUUCCGUACGUUGAGCUGCUGAGCGCUCUCCAAACAUGGGACCCGUCUGUACAUCUGGUGUUAACGAAAACAGCUCACUGCUUUGUGUUUGGCAAACUCAACGAGACGGCGCUGGGAACAUACUGCGAAAGGUUUCUGGAGGAUCAAGUGUCAACAGCCUCCAUGUUGGCCACCAUCAAUCGAUGUGGCGACUGCGUUGCCUUCGGAGUAAAGAACCGCUUUGACGACAGGAUCAUCGGCAGACUGUCCGACUCCAAGUGUCGGGCGUACAUGCAGAAGGUAGUGCAGCACCAAGCCAACGGCUGGGACGUCUACUACAUGACGUGGUGCCCCCACGUCGUCACAGUCAGGGACAUCGACAGGAUCGCCGACGACAAUUUCUGUAAUGUCACACAACAGGAACGUCUGAAGGACAUGAGGCUCUACAGUAAGCUGAUGCCUGGGGUCCGGAGGAAGAUAGGUCAGAGGCUCAAGGCAUGUUACGGUCAACUGUCCCAGUGGACAACACAGCAGUUGACAGAUUUCGCCAACUAUGUGGUCAAUAUGCCCCGGGACGAUAUCGACACUAUGACAGUUACUCAGCUGUUCGCGAACCUCGACACGUUUAUUGGCGUAGACGAUGUGAAAGAAACCAGGUUACUGCGUAUCCUUGGUUACAAGAUCAGCGACUGGUGGGCAACCAAUUCGGGAUCACUAACAGCAACUCAGAAAUCUAAGUUGAUCUGUGUGGUAGUGAAGUUUGCCCCGUUCAGGAAACUGAUUGACAAGACCUUGAGCGAAGCUGAUCUUAAGGACUUUGUGAAGAACAUCCAAACAAACUGUCCGGCAGAUUUCGAGAUUUCCCCCAAAGAUGUCAAACGACUUCUGAAGCGCAUCGUUACUGCUGUCGGCUUUACGUGGGAUCAGCAAGCUAUUAUGGACUAUGGGCGCUUCAUUGGCGGCUUCCCUAACAAUGUCCUCAAGAACAUUCCCACCAACAUCCUCUGUAACAACUGGCAGACGAUCAACAAGGCAGACGUACCAAGGGGAAAGCUGGCUUAUAUAUGGGACAUUUGCAAAUCAACAUUCGCGAGCCCCACCACCUACACCUGCGCAGAAAUCGUAGACGCUGGAGUCCUCGUCAAGGUCAUUCCCAAAUCCUACGUUGAACAAAUACCAAAUGCUGUCGUAGCAGAAUGUAUUCAGAACAUGACAACUUACUUGGAGCCUGUUUGUGUCCGACGGCGAGGCCUGUGCCGACUCAUCAUGAAGAAGGUGGUGGAUCACGCUGUUGCAAACAACGAGGCGAUCGGAACGUACAUCCAGCAGGUCGGACCUAAUCUUGGAAGGAGUGUCCGUGACCUUUCCGGUGUUGAUAUCACGUCUCUUGGUGGCUUUGACAACCUUAAAACCCUAACAUUCUCCAAAGAAUCGGCUAAUGCUGUUUGGGAGAAGGUGAAGAAUAGACUCGGAAACGUGAAUCGCACCAAUAUGAACUAUUGCGGGUCGCAGUUUGAGAAGAUUGCUGACCUCUUCGUUUCUGCAGCCAGCGAUGCGGAGUGGGAGAACCUUUGUGAAGAUGAGAAUCUCUUGGAGAAUAUCGCCAAGGCAGAUAAACACAUCAAGAAGUUGUCUGGUAGAGUGAUCCGGGGUAUAGUGAAGAAGCUGCUACGAGUCUUUGGCGCCACUGGGAAUGUGAAGGACAUAUGUAUCGACGGCCCUCUUAUCGACCAGGUCGGAAUGUUCCUCGCACACGCAAGCGGAAAGGACUUGGUCAAGUUCAGCCGGAAGACUUUGCGAUCAGUGAUGCGGGUUGUUGGAAUGAAGAAAGAAUAUAUCGAGAAGCUCACCCGAUCUCGGAUGAAACUGCUGACCAAGAUUGCACUCACAGUUCAGGAAACACAGAAAACGUCCUUUGCUCCUGACGACAUCGACCUCGUCGGCCCCUUCGCCAUGUGCGGCAUGAACGCUGGUGACGUCAACAAGAUGACCACCCAGACGCUCAAGAAAUACGGCAUGUACUUCCUUCAGUGUCCCCAGUUGGAGGUCUCCACAAAGAAGGCCAUCGUCAAGAAGCUCCUGGCUGCAGUCUCCAGCAUUGAAGCAAGUGACUUGGAAGACCUGGGGGCAGCUAUGGUGUUUGCUCUGGACGAGAUCCCUGCGAGUAACAAGCCAGCUCUGAAGGAGGAACUGGUCUCCAUCCUCCAAGAUGUGAUGGAGAAGGUGUCUGCGUUCCGGGAGGAAUUGGAGGAGAGAGACAACAGGGACAUCAGCGCAGAUGAAAAGGCGACGUAUGUGGCAGCAGUGAAGAAGGCCUCCGGGGAAUUGUGGAGCUUCGCCAUCGAGGUGACUACCGCCAACCAGGCUGCAACCAGGAGGAAGAGGUCGACCAGCUCUGGCGACUGCUCGACUAUUACUGAUUUCGGUAGCAACUUGGACUUCCUGACAGACAGCCAGAUCUCCGGUCUGGCCCCAGCUGAGGUUGGAAAUUGUCUGGCUCAGUUGUCUACGACGGCAUGGGACGCAGCCCAGUGUACAGCACUCCGGGAUCACCUACGACACGCCGAUGCCCUGGGCAGCUCCGUCAACACGUGGGGCAAGUCGGACGUGCAGGCUCUGGGUACGAUGGUGGACUGUCUGACGUCAGAGGAGAUCCAGUCUCUGGACGUGGACGAUGAGGUCAUCCAAGCACUGGGUGCCGUGGAACUUAAUAAGUCAGCCGAUGUGCUGGUGGCCUACCUCAACAAGACGGCAGCGGAUAUUACAACGUUGAGCGAUGAAACUCUGGGCGACAUGGGCAAUAUGAUAUGUGGCUUCACAUCGUCUCAGAUUGGGGACAUGAACAACACACAUGUGAACGAGGCAGCUAAGGACCUCAGCACGGUGAAGUGCAUGGAUACGGCUCAGCUAACAGCGGUGGGAAGCCAUAUCGUGGCCGUGGAGGGGGCAGACUGGAGCGGCAAGGCCACUGCCCUGGUCGGGGAGAUCGGUGUGUUUGCAGGUGGACUUCCCCAGAACACGCUCAGCUCGUUCACCAAUGAGCACAUCAAGGAGAUAGACCCACAAGCCAUCUCUGCCAUACCUCCAGCUACACUGGCCAAUGCGUUCACGGCCGACGGGUUUGCUCAGCUGACAACCGAGCAGAGUAACGCUGUCUCGGAUCUCCAAAAGCAGGAGCUGAGUGCCGCCCAGAAAUCCUCCAUCGAGGCCUCCGCCUCCUUCAACGAGGUCCUCAGCAUUGUGGACACCUUAAACCCAAAUAGCGGGGCCAGUGUCCGCCAUCUUAGCCUCGUUUUGGCUACUAUCAUGUCCGCAGGCGUGAUUGCCUUUACAUGGUAAACUGUUAGUUUCACAUUGACGUCAUUGCCUUUAAAUGUUAACUGUUGGUUUCUUCACCGAGGACGCACACUGUUAUUGUUUGUAAAUACACAAUACACUGUCGUGUUUCUAGUUUUUCAUCUUUUUUGUUAAGUUUUAUACGGCGUUUUUAUCACUGCUCCGCUCAAAACACAGAUUAUAUUACCAAACCCCGUGAAAUAUCGUUAUAAUGUCCCGAUAUAUCGAUUAGCGACAUUGUGUUACAAUUGAGGUCUGUAAAUAUGUUCAGGUAAUUCCGUCCUAUGGUACAGUGAAAUUUGAAUUUUCUUGUGAGAGUCAAACUUAAUGCGAAGGUAUACCGAACUUCUCUGUAAGAUGGUUAUGACAAUCAAACAAUAUUGAACCAAGUCCCAAUUUUAUCAAAAAAUAUUUUGUUUACAUUGUGAAUUCGUGUUAUUGUAUAUAUGAAUACAGUAGAAAUGGUUCGGUGGAUAUGCCUUGCACUGAACGGUUGAUGUUCCAGUUUCCCCUUGAUCCGGAAUUACGUUUGACGCGGCUAUUUUGGUCUAAUAAAGGUGUAUAAUUCAUUAA